AUUUGCUUUCUUUGCCCGGGAGAUCCAAAAACCAAAAUAACCAUAAGUAGCAAGCAAACAAUCAGAAUUAUCCCCGGAAAUGGAGGAUCUGUGGAAACGAGCGAAGACCUUCGCUGAAGAAGCAGCCAAAAAAUCCCAAACGAUAAGCCUGCCGUCUACCUCCACCAAAAUCGCCGAUCUCGUCGCCGAAACCGCCAAGAAGUCCAAGGAACUUGCUCUCGAGGCCUCCAAGAGAGCCGAUCAGCUCAAAGCCGUCGCGCUCAAACAGGCUGAUCAGAUCCAGCAAAUUAAGUCCAUUUCUGACAUCAUUCCCCCUCAGCUUUCCUCUCUCUCCAUUGUCAACCCCUCCUCCCGUUCGGAUCCUGCGAUCUCCGACUCGGAGCUCCUGAAGUUUGGCAUAACCGAUGACCUGAGAGACUUCGUUAGAGGUCUUACUUCUAGCACUUUCCAGAAUUUUCCUGUCCAAGAUGAACCGGAGGCAGAUGAUGUGCCAAAGACGGCGUCGAAUGUACGAAAGGAUCUUUCAGAGUGGCAGGAGAAACAUGCCACGCUUGUCCUUGCGACUGUUAAGCAAAUCUCAAGGUUAAGAUAUGAAUUAUGUCCUCGUGUCAUGAAAGAGAGGAGAUUUUGGAGGAUAUAUUUUACACUUGUGAGCACACAUGUGGCCUCGUAUGAGAAGCAGUAUAUGGAUGAUGUUAAGCUCCAAGCAGAGGACAAAGUUGAUAAAGAGAAGAAACUCCCAGUAACUGGGAAGUCAGAAGCAACAGAAGACAAACUCCAGAGUAAGACGUCUACUGCAUCAUUAGCUGAACAAGACUUGGAUACAUUUCUAUUGGGAGAUCUUGAAGACAGUGAUGGGGAUGAUGGGGACCAGAGCUUUGCUGAUGAUUUUGACAAGAUCGAAAAUUCUGAUGUUGAAGAUGAGAAGCAUUCACCCAAGGAGGCAUAUCCCACAGUUUAGAUUGCUGCAAAUUAAAGAGGCCAUGGAGUUAAAAAGCGAGGGACUUUAUGUAAAAGACCACUUGAGGUAUUAGAGCAAUCAAACGGAUACUUUGGCAGUUGGUUGUGGUUUAAGACCAUAAAUUUCUUGGACACAUUCAAGGGACGUCAUUUACAUUCAUUCUUUCGCUUAAAACUAAUAUAAGCUGUGACAAGUUGUGGACUUUUGGUGCCUGUUCGUUGUUACAAGAGAAUUAGGGAUGAUGACGACUUAAUAUUUUCUUUGUACAGAACAUUUGAUCCUGUUGUAAUUCAAGAUGCCUAUAUUAAAUAUUAGUUCUCCUGAAGGUUAUUUGUUAAUAAAUUUCUGGGGCUAUUUGGCGUGAGACAUCA